AUGCGCGUGUUGCUUUCACAGGUCUUUAGGCGAACUGCUUUGAGGCAUAUGGCGCCAAAUGGAUGGGCAUGGAUGCACCCCAGAGGUGUCAGCAGCAGGAUUUCUGUGGUAGAUCUGGCUCCAGCAGAUGGGUCUGCAGAAGGCAACAUGAAAGUUGCAAAAGCUUUGUCUGAUGCCUUCGCGGACACAGGGUUUGCUAUCGUCACAUCUACUGGGGUGCCUACGAAAGUGAUCACCGAGCUCCGAAGCGCUUCUGUUGAGUUUUUUCACCUAUCUGUGGAGGAGAAGCAGCUGGCAAACGAAGGUGUGUCCCUUGGCUAUGGGCACAGCCCCUACUGUCGGAUGGAAGAAAAUGGAGCACAACUCCUGGGAGACUUUACGAAGCCCAAUGAUUUAGUGGAGUCCCUGACGUAUCGACCGCAAGAGGGGCUCAAGCUGGCCCAGAAUCCGCGGCUGCAAGCUGCUGUUCAGGACUUCAUGACAUACCUGCCAGAAUUCCAGAAGGUGCUCUGCAGUACUUGCGAGCUGGCAUUAGGUUUGGAGGCAGGAUUCUUCGCAGCACGCCAGACGAACAACGAGAGUUUGCGGAUAGCCUUCUAUCCAGACCUUGGGGACUCAACUUCGCCUUUGGAGGGCCAAAUGAGGUAUGGCGCUCACGUGGACAGCUUCGGAAUAACCAUCCUCAAUCUUGACCCCCAGCGUCCUGAAGGACUCCAGGUUCGCCUUGGCGACGACAGUGAAUGGGCAGAUGUCCCCUACGUGGAAGGUUCCUUUGUUUUGAAUGUUGGUGCUUUGCUGUCCCGUUGGACCAAUGGCUUCUGGAAGGCUUCGGUACAUCGGGUCCUGUUCAUGCCUGGUCAGCGCCUGUCAAUUGUUGCAGGGGCCUUGCGACCGCGGGAUGAUGUGCUGAUAGAAGCUUGUGGCCCGGCUGCGGACGAUAAGAGAUUCUCGCCCAUUGUGGCCGGCGACUUCUGCAAAGAGCGGGUGGAGCUCCACCGGCCAUCCUAUCUGCAGCAGAAAGGCAUGGAUGGGCACACGGAAGACUUGAGCGAUGCUAUCCGCAACUACCAGCAGUGUGCGAAGUGGGAUGUCCUAGCAACAGACGCUGACCCAGAGAAGCGCAAAACUUUGUGCCGCGCGCUUCGGCACUUUGCGCUCGCGAAUGGCGCACAUUUGGUGCUGACUUCUUUGAAGGACAAGACCUCGAUGAACGCGAUGCGCAGCAUCCUGCGUCAAUUGCUCUUCGCGGUGCCGCCCAAAGGCAGUCUCGAGCAGCUCGACCACUCCAAGCCGAUUUGCGUGCCAGCUGGCAAGGACUCUGUGAGUGCAAUCGGUUUGCCAGCCAGCGGUCAGGCCAACGAGAGGGCUUGGAAGGAGUAUGUGCAGCAUCUCUUCCCCGAUCCCUCGCCCUCGUCCAAAGGUGGCAAGAAGAGCGAGGCAGAUCAGGCGAUCAAAGCGAAAGUGGCCAGUGCCACUGGCAUUGGGGUUGCUGAGCAGCGUUUGCUGUGGGGCGGCUAUGAGCUCCUUGUGUCAUUGGAGGAGUUGGAGUUGGACAAGAUCCUACAUUUGGGAGUGUUGGAGCUAACACUGCUCCGGCGCACCAGGGAGCAAGUGGAGUGGCUGGAGAACGUCUCGCAGGCAGCCGACCUCUCCACGGCUCCAGACAUAGUCAGGGAAGACCGCGAAGUUCUUCUGGCAGCAGUGCGGGCAGAUGAUGAUGCCCUGCAAUGGGCCUCAACAGAUUUGCUGGCAGACAGAGGUGUUGUUCUCGAAGCUGUCCGGAGGUGGCUGGGUCUACUGCUCGAAGUUGAGAGUGAUGACGAGAGUGAUUCCUUGAGCGCAGACCGCGAAGUGGUACUUGCUGCUGUGGGGCGGCAUGGCCUGGCACUGGAGUUUGCAGAUGCUGAGCUACAGGCUGACCAUCAGGUGGUCCUGACAGCGUUGGCGCAAGAUGGAAAUGCCUUUCAAUUUGCUGAUCUGAACCUGCGGGGUGACCGCAAGUUUGUGCUGCAGAUCGUCAGCAAUGGCCAGGACGAAAUCGGUUUCGUUGAUCAGUUGAAGCGCGCCGUGAAGCAGAAUGGCUAUGCGCUGACCUAUGCCAUGCCCGAGUUGCGCGGAGACCGCGAAAUUGUGUUGGCCGCCAUUGAGAGAACUGGCUGGAUAUGGGAGUGUGGACUCCAAAUUUCGCAGUUUGGUGGAUGGGCACUUCAAACCGCUGCAAGGCACUUGCAGGCAGACCGAAGUGUCGUGCUUCCUGCAGUGCGGCGGGAUGGUGCUGCUUUGGAAUUUGCCUCUGCCGCAUUGCGUGAAGACAGAGAGGUGGUGCUCCUGGCCGUUCGGCAGUGCGGUGCCGCGCUGGCCUUCGCCACUACGGUGCUGCGAAAGGAUCCUGAGGUGGUUCUGGCAGCUGUUUCGGAGUCUGGGCUGGCGUUGGAGCAUGCGUCUUGCGAACUACGCAGCCUGCCAAUGCUGGAUGUGGUCAGUGAUGUUAGCCCCACCAUGCCUGGCACUCGAUGUAAAAUAUUCAAUCCCCAAAGAGGAUCAAAGAGGAUGGUUUUGCAGGUUCUUGUGUAUAUCUCCGUACAUCUCCGUUCCCUUCAUAUUGAUCUCAUUUUAUUAUCCCAGUUUUCUCAUGUUUUCUCCAGUUUUCGGACUCCCAAAAUGGGACAGUCAGCCCCUGAGGCGAUGAUCGCAACCUCGUGA